AUAAGUCAGUAGUCGUAGUUUUGACAAUGUUUUCGUAGUUUGAACUCAUUCAUGACCCAUUAGUUAUCUCGUGAGAACUGUUAAGAACUUUGCUAAUUUGGCUAUCUUUCAAUAUUUGCGGCCACUCGUGGCUCCAAGAGGCUUGCGUACAAAUUGAGUAGACGUCUUCGUCAUCUUAACUAUUUUUUGAGAUACGGGCAAUAUUUAUGUCAAAGCUUUGCCCAAUCUCCUUCUGUACGGCAACUAUCUUUAUGUCAGGAAAGGAUAUAACGUGGUUUUUGAAUUCGUUUAGGUCUUAGUUUACGUCUAAUUUGGCUAUCUUUCAAUUUGCGGCCACUCGUGGCUCCAAGAGGCUUGCGUACGAAUUGAAUAGACGUCUACGUCACCUUAACUAUUUUUGAUACACACACAGUAUUUGUGUCACGCGCUUGUAAAAUAGCAAACACGUAUCACGUACGUUGUGAGGACACCGAUAAUUUGGGUUCGAUCACGCGUCACCCUGCGAGUUGUGUGGCCGUCACGCGUGUGCCAUCAGUAGUUGUUGACAGUUGGUAGUUAUUCGGAUAGAAGACACGCUCGAUUACUGUUAGAAGCACUUGUGUGAUUCCUAAAUGACAAAUGAAUAAUGGGAAUUAUACAACAAACUAAAUACCUCGUUCUGAAAAAUUUCCACAUCAAAAAACGGAACAAGCGGGAAACUUUGCAAGAGAUACUCAUCCCAAUUUGGUGGAUUGUGCUGUUGGUGAUCAUAAGAAGAACCAUCCCGACGGAGCUAAAACCAGCUGUAGGAGAAAAUGAAAUACCUACAGCGAACAUUUCCAGCAUGGGACUGGCUGGAUCGCAGGGAAAUGCGGGCUCCAAGCCAAAUAUCGGCUACGUUACCAACAAUCUCGCAAGUGCCAGUCCGGUUAUGGAGAUAGUUAGGAACGCCUCGAAGGACGGUGCGAAUUAUCUUGAGUUUAACAGUACAGACAGUUUGCUAGCCUUUUACAAGGAGCACACCAACCUUCUUGUGGGGAUCGAAUUCGAAAAAGGUAAAGAGAAAGGACUUGCUUACACACUUCGCGUCCCGGUAGGACUCCCUUCACCAAAGAACAAACUUGUCGGUCUAGGUGAAUGUCAUGAUGUCGACAGUUUGUUUUCGGGCGGCUGCCCUGCCAAUUCUUAUAUUGUAAUGAAAAUAGCAACCCUGCAAACAAUAAUUGAUGCUGCUAUUACAAAGGUUGAGGUGAAUUUAUCUCACUACAAUGUCCCAGACAUCCAGGCAAAGAUGAUGCCAAAGGGAUCUUACAAGCAACCUGUAGGAGGGUUUGCCAUCACUAUUUUGAUAUACAUGGUCAUGGCCUUUGCACCUUACAUCACUGUACUGCUUGUCAAUUUAGUGCAAGAGAAGGAACUUAAACUGAAGGAGUUGUUGAGGAUCAUGGGUACUUCUGAUAUCGCAUACUGGUUGUCAUGGAUUAUUACAUAUGCAGUAAUCAUGCUAGUAGCCGUCCUCAUUUUGAAUGCAAUCACAAUACUGGGAAACAUAUUUUCCAAUAGCAACUAUAUUGUUAUAGUCAUCAUCUGCUACCUGUAUGGCUUAAGCAUCAUCACAAUGUCUUUCAUGUUCACACCAUUCUUCAAAAGUGCCAAGAGUGCUGGCCUUUUUGCAUCUCUGGUGACAACAAUUCUUGCUACUAUUGCCAUACCCUUGGUCCUUGUUGAAGUGUCUAAUGUGGUGAAGUGGUUAUUGUCACUCUUUUCACCAACAGCAUUUGCUCUUGCCUUGUAUGAGGCUGUUGAAGGGGAAGGUCUGAACUUUGACAACUGGUCCACCAAAGGGAGUUUUCCAUCCAUGUAUCCCACUCUGAUGCUGCUGGUGGACACUGUUUUGUAUCUUUUGUUGGCUCUGUACUUUGAUGCAGUGAUUCCUGGUGAGUAUGGUCAGCAUAGGCCCCCCUACUUCAUUUUUACACCAUCCUUUUGGAAAAGUAUCUGUAGCAAGAAGGAGCAACAGAAAGCACCUUCCAGACAGUUUUCUGCAAGAGUGGAGGAGGCAUCUGAAGAUAUUGAGGCCAUGCCAGCAGACUUACAGGGGAGUGAGGUUAUAAGCAUUCACAAAUUGAGAAAAGUUUACCAUGGGAAAGAAGAGGUUGUUGCAGUUGAUGGGGUCAGCAUGGAUAUAUAUGAAGGUCACGUGACUGCGCUGUUGGGUCACAAUGGAGCAGGUAAAACAACUCUGAUAGCCAUGAUGACAGGAAUGGUUCCUGCUACUGAGGGUUAUGCCACUGUCUACGGAAAGGACAUCACUGACCCCAAUCAGAUGCAGGAAAUAAGAAAAGGCAUUGGUGUAUGUCAGCAGCAGAAUGUACUCUUUGACUUUGUGACAGUGAAAGAACAUUUAGAGUUCUACUCUGGCCUGAAAGAAGUGCCAGUGGAGCAGAGAGGUGACAUGGUGAGUUCAUUGUUGAGGGAAAUUGACUUGGCAGACCAAAGGGACGCUUUGUCAAAAGAUUUGAGUGGAGGCCAGAAGAGGAAAUUAAGUGUCGGCAUAGCACUCAUUGGAGAUCCAAAGGUGGUCAUCUUAGAUGAACCCACAAGUGGAAUGGAUCCAUAUUCAAGACGACUCAUGUGGUCCUUGUUGAAAGAGAAGUGUAAGAACCGAGUGGUUCUCCUUACAACACAUUUUAUGGAUGAGGCUGACAUUUUAGCUGAUUACAAGGCUAUUUUAUCUAAAGGAAAACUGCGCUGUGCAGGAAGCUCGCUUUUUCUCAAGAAUCGCUUUGGAAUCGGAUAUCAUUUGAAUAUGGCUCUAGCUGAGAAUUGUAAUACUCAGCCAUUAAUUGAGCUUGUUCAAAGCAAAGUAGAAGGUGCAGAAGCUAUCCGUCACCAUGGCAAAGAAAUGUCAUUUGCUCUUCCUAUGGAACAAGUAUCAUGUUUUCCAGAUCUACUCAAGGCACUUGAGGACAACAAUGACAGUUCAGAAGGCUGUGCUGCCCCUUUAUUAGGUGUGACAAGUUAUGGUGUUUCCAUGACAACUCUAGAAGAAGUAUUUCUUCAAUUAGAAGACACCUCUGAAGAGAGUGAAAAAUCAACAGAUGAUGUACAAGAAACAUUCGAUCAAAGUAGAGCAAAUCUGUUGGCACCUUCAGAUGCCGUCAACAUUGAAGAUGGAGGCAGUAGGAUUUCUGGAUCCUUCAAUGCCCUACAUAACACAGGAGUGGAACUGAAUAAUACAGAACUGAUGGCUGAUUCACAGAAAUUAGUCUGGAAGGCAAAACAACAAGUCUUAGGAUUACUUUGGAUUCGCUGGUUAAUGUCAAUCCGUUCACCAGCCAAGAUAUUUUUCCAAAUUAUUAUUCCACCAAUUCUCAUGAUAUCUGGUCUUUUAAUUUUACGUGGAGCCAAGAAUGACAGCCAAUCAGCAACUGGUUUGGAGCCUCUCAAACUGACACCUGAGAUGUAUCUGAAACCUGGAAGUAAAGAGAGUUACGCCUCCUUUGCUCUUCUCCAGAACUCAACCAAAGAAACUAUGGAUCAUGUUAUGAAGUACCUAAGUGAUUAUAAUGUUGGCACCAUGUUGGUGUCUUCUAUAAGUAGCAUAUUGAGCAAGUCAUCACAUGAUCUGUACAAUUUGGGAUUUAACAUUCUCAAGUUUCCUGCAGACAAUUUGUCGCCAUCCAGCGAUAUUUCAUCAAGCUUUGAGAUGCGUUACAAUGACACAGCUGUACAUAGUGUACCUGUUGGCAUCAACAUUUUGGGAUCUAUCCUGCACAUGAAUGCUCUAAAAAGUCAAAACAAAACGCCUUAUCCACUGGAGUCAACCAUUCUUGCCUUCCCUGACCUCAAACCUCAGUGGACUUAUGACAACACAGCAUUUGUGUCAAUCCUUCUCAUUGGGAUGGCUCUCGCUAUUAUUCCAGGUAGCUUUGGAAUUUUGGUUGUAGCAGAACGGCAGAUGAAGAUGCGCCAUUUAUUGAGGGUGUCUGGAGUAUCAUCCUUUGUGUAUUGGCUGGAGCUUCUUAUCUCUGAUGGCAUUGUAGUCUUAAUUCCAGUGAUACUGAUGUUGAUACUUAUACCAGCCUUUCAGCUGCCUUCACUGUCUCCUCCCCCUGCUAUGGGCUGCUUAGUGAUUGCAGCCCUCCUGUACAUACCUGCUGGGAUACUGUUCUCGUAUCUCAUGUCAUUUAUGUUCAAUGCAUGGGAUGUCUCCCAGCAAGUUUUGCCAAAUGUGUUCACCUUUACUGCAAUAAUUCCAUUCUUGACUGUAUCACUUGUGGAUAUGACAGCAAGCCGAGAUACUGCUAUUGUUCUUCAUUACGUGUUUGUGUUCCUGUUGCCUCCAUAUCCAGUAUUUGGAGCUUUGUAUUACAUUGAUAGUGUGUACAGGUAUGAGUCAAUUUUAGCAGCAUUUAGAGCUGGUGGUCAAUCUGUUGAUGUAGAAGUCACUGCAAGCAACUACUUUAAGUGGACCAAAUACAAUGGCAUCCCGGCUGCAUUGAUUGCUCCUGUUUGUCAUACUAUCCUGUUUUCUGGGCUGAUCUAUCUCUUGGACCAACAUAAAACUGGUGGUGCUGUGAGUUGCAAGUGUUCCAAAAGCAUGACUGACAAGAACAAUGUACAUGUAGACCGAAGUUUCAGUUUCAUGCAACAGGGAAGUAAGCAAUCAUUGGAUGAAACUGAUGAGGAUGUUAGGAGGGAAAAAGAAAAAGUCUCAAACAUAGUUUCCAUAGAAGAGUCUACCUUUUCUGCAAUAGUAAAGGGACUAUGGAAGAGAUUUGGCUCAGGAAAGAAGGCUAAAACAGUUGUCAAAGACCUGUACUUUGGUGUUGAGCAAGGAGAGGUUUUCGGACUUCUUGGUCCAAAUGGAGCUGGCAAGACAACCUCCCUUAACAUGGUCACAGCAGACAUUCCACCAACAAGAGGAAAGGUCUAUGUAGCAGGUUAUGAUGUCAGAAAACAGUCCCAUGAGGCAUUUCAACACAUGGGAUUUUGCCCACAGGAAGAUGCACUCUGGCCAAUGAUAACAUUGCAAGAGCACCUUGAGGCUUUUGCCAGGAUACGUGGUGUGCCUUGGGGAGAGGUCAAACGGGUCGUUGAGCACUAUAUGUCCGCUUUAAGGAUUACUGAGCAUGCUAAAAAGAGGACUCAAGAUCUUUCAGGAGGAACAAAAAGAAAGGUCAGUUUUGCCAUGGCAAUGCUGGGGGAUCCACAGCUGUUGCUGCUUGAUGAACCUUCCACAGGCAUGGACCCUUCUGCCAGACGUUUCUUAUGGAACACCAUUAGCAGGAAUGUCCAUGGAAACAGAGGAGCUGUUCUAACAACACAUUCCAUGGAGGAGGCUGAUGCUUUGUGUUCACGAAUUGGAAUCAUGGUUAAAGGCCAACUCAAGUGUCUUGGUUCAACACAACAUCUAAAGAGUAUUUAUGGUAGUGGUUACACCUUGGAAUUAAAACUGAAGCAAAGCCACACCUCGGGUCCAUGCCCAGAAGGUUCAAUGGAGCAGUUACACAACUAUGUCAUUGAGCUGCUUCCAGGUGCAACCCAGUCUGAAGUGUUUGGUGGAAGAGUGAUAUACAAGGUCCCAAAGGAAGGUGUUGGGGCACUAUCAGUCAUCUUUACUAAGCUUGAAAAAGGUAAGGAAGAAAUUGGGAUAGAGGAGUACAGUUUCAGUCAGUCUACACUGGAACAGGUUUUUCUGGAGUUUGCAAAAGAACAAGAUGAUGACAGGACUGGAGCCAAAGAUAACAAAGAAGAGAUCGUAUACGUACGUAAUGGUGGAUCUCACCCAGCAGUGUAAUUAAGAGUGUCAUGCAUAGGACCUGCAUCUCAAGGAGAGCCUUUUCCAGAGCUGUCCUUGGUAUUCCAAGUUUGCAACUUUUAAUUUGUUUAUCUUUUCAAUAGUAUUGUUAUAAAUUCAACACUCAUUUUUCUAAUUAAGAUAUUUAUUGACAAACGGGAACGAAAAGAGACUUAAAUUCAAUUACACUUGUCAAAAAAGAAUAUUUGAUAGUACUACAAAACCAGUAAAUCAAUUAAAAAUCAAUGACAUCUUCUACAAAAAAAAUAUAUUAACUCAAAACCAAAUAAUUCCCAAUGUGACUGUUAGUGAAAUAAGCUUAAUGCACCAAUCAAUUCAAAGCUUCAAUAUAUUGCUUAUAUGCAACAAAGUGGUAUACUCAUGACAUGAAAGGAUAAUUUUAUUGCAUUCUGCCUUGCAUCCUGUCAUUGCAUAAGUCUUGCUGUCAGAUAAGUAGUAAAAAUAUACCCACAGCUCUUAGUGGAGGGGGAUCAGAGCUCCCUGAACUGCUCCCCCUUGAUCUGCCAUUGAUUACAAAAGGAAAUUUAAAUGUAAUCCCAUCAAUAGGAAACAAUUACACAUAUCAAAACAGGAUUCUUUUAAUGUAUAGUCAUUUUAUCAUUAUACUUGUGUGCCAUCUUAUUUCAAAAAACAAUCAAGUAAUAUUUGAAUAAAAUGUUUUUAUCCACAGACAGACCUGUUAUAAUUGUGUCUUAAUAAAUCAUAUUACUGCUGACAAUA